UCAGCAGGUGAUGAAACCCCAUUGCAAGUCAGUUAUUUGCAAAGACUCCUAGGGUACAAUGCACCCUCUAACAGGCACCCACUACGAUGCCAAAGAAAAACUCUGGUCUGGACCCAACUGCAAGGAAAUCUACAAUGAGAAUAUAACACUGGGUGAAGUUAUCUAUGAUGUGCUCUCUAAGCAACCUCAAAAGGUCAUACAAAUCCAUGAUAUAAGCGGAGAAAAGCUAAAAGCUGGAGAAUUGCUGAAAUGUGCUGAGGCCCUCACAAAACACCUUUGGAAUUUCGGAUUACGUCCGGGUGAUAUAAUUGGCUUGUUUGCCAACAAUUGGACGCAAGUAACAACAUUGAUGGUGUCUUCAUUUUUGGCUGGCACACCCGUCAAUGCCUUGUAUCCAGGAUUCGAUAAAGAUAGUGUUUCCCUUAUCUAUAAGGUAACCCGUCCCAAAAUUCUUUUUUGUGAAGUGGAAAAUUACCAGAUAGCCAAAGAUAUUAUUCGCGAAUUGCAAUUGGAGGCAAAGAUUUUUAUUAUGAAUGAUAGUGAUGGUGUUCCUGGGGUGGGUCACAUAAAGGAUUUGCUAAAAAUUAAGGAAUGUGAAAUUCGGAAAGAUUUCAGAUAUGGCUGCCACGAUCUUAAUGGAAACGACACGGCUUUGAUUAUGUGUUCCUCCGGUACUACAGGAACGCCCAAGGGUGUUAUGUGCUCCCACAGAGCUUUGCUGAAUCAAAAAGUAUGUUUGACCAUCAAAAGAGAUUCGGUGAUAUCCACCUUCAGUACCAUGUAUUGGAUAUCGGGUGUUUUAAUGAUGCUCUCCUCUCUGACCAGCGGUUGUCUGCGUAUUUUAACCACGCGACCCUUUACAACCGACUACUUUUUAAAAUUGAUUGAAAGUCACCAAAUAACACAUUUCUUUGCAAGUGGUAGUUAUAUGGCGGAAUUGUGCAUGUAUGCAGAUACCAAGCGAAUUCAGAGCUCCUUAAGGUCGAUUGAUACUCUCCUGGUGGCCGGUUCAAAGAUACCUUUGGCCGUACAGGAAAAGAUGAACGGCAUCUUGGCGUGCAACAAACGAAGACCUGGUUUCAACGUGGUCUAUGGCAUGACUGAAUUAUCGGGUAUUUUGAGCAGUAAUUUACAUUAUGUGGCCGAUAGUUUGGAGGGAACUGAGGGCAAGCUGCUGCCCAAUAAUAAGGUAAAAAUUAUUAACAAACAAGGCCAGCGUUUGGGACCAACCGAACAUGGCGAAAUAUGCAUAUGGACACCAUACACCUGGAAGGGUUACUUCAAAAACUCCGAGGCCACAGGGAAAGCUCUUAAAAAUGGUUGGCUGCACACAGGUGAUAUUGGGUUCUUUGACGAUAAGGGAUUUCUUCACGUUUGCUCCCGUGAUAAUGAUGUCUUUAAAUCGAAAAAUUUCCAAAUUUAUCCACCCCUGAUAGAAGAUGUUCUUUAUCGUUUACGCGGCAUCGCUGAGACGUGUAUUGUUGGAGUUCCCGAUAUGGUGGCAGCGAAUUUAAUUGCAUGUGUCGUGGUGCGCAAUAAGACUGUGGAGGGCAUACGUCUCACGGCCAAGGAUGUUGAGAAGCAUGUGGCAGCCAAUAUGGGUAGUAUAUAUCAUAUUAGCGACGGGGUUUAUUUUGUCGAUAGCUUACCAAAAACUGGAUCGGGUAAGGUAAGAAGAAGCAAAGUUUUGGAAUUGGUAAUGUCGAUGAAAGAUACAGCAUUAGAGGCGUUGGAAUAAAUGAAUGAUGUUUAUACUGUA